GCGUCGCCGCUCGCCCGAGCAGCUCCUCCGCCUCCUCUCCUCUCCUCUCUGCCCUCCGUGGCCUGCCAGCGUUCACCCGAAGCAGGCGGAAGACGGACUAUUAUGUGAGGUCCGUGCAAAGUUGUGGGAGCACCAAGCCAACCGAGUUUUCUUGAGUCAUCUAUAUGGGCCAUCUUCUCUCGAAAAAUGGUUACCGCCUGAAGAAGAGGUCACGUAAGCAGCAUCAGAAGAAGAAGAAAAAGAGGAACUGUCUCCUGCAGGGGCCUUGUAUGCUCUGCUUCAUUGUCCACAGCAGUAGCAGCAGCAGCAUCAGCAGCAGCGGCGGUGUUGUCGGUGGUCUCAACGACGAGAACGACCCAUUGGAGACCACCGGCGUCAACAGCAACACCAGCAGCAUCGGGGCAGUGGCAGGCGCCUCCAAGCUCGCAGAGAGGUACGCGACGCUCGCUUCUCCCGAGGACUGCUCCAAGUUCCUGCUCACUCCGCCAGAGUUGGCAAUUUGGGAGGGCCAGGGCAGGAGCCUGUUGUCGGCUGUUCCGGCUAAACUGAUCCCACCGCCUGCUCUUUUUCGGACUACUGGCGUGACUGUGACUGUACCUAUUCCUGUGCCUGUGCCUGUGCCUGACUACGCCGAGAUGGUGUGUAAGAGGAAGUGUUCGGAGGUCCAGAGGUGCACCCCUUCCAACAAGCAGCCACGCUGUGCCUUUGCUGCCCCCGAUGGGGCCUUGGAGAACGGAGGAGUUGGAGGAAGUGCUGGAGAGGCUUCUACAAACUCUGAAACUGGCCACUGCCACCUUCCCCUCUGCUCGCUUCCUUCUUGCUCCUCCUCAUCCACCUCCUCUUCUCCAUCCUCCUCCUCGACACCAGCUGAUGGUCAGGUUGAUCCGCCCCAUAGUUUGGACGUGUCCCCCUCCAGUCUGCAGAACUAUGAUGGCUGCCAGGUCAAAGGUUCUGAUGUUGCUGACCCUUUAAGUAUCAACCACCUGCCUUCCUCUAUCCUUCUUAAGGUUCUGUCGAACUUGACGGUGAAGGAGCGUUGUCUCUGCGCUUCUUUAGUCUGCAAGUACUGGAAGGACCUCUGCUUGGACUUCCAGUUCUGGAAGCAAAUUGACCUCAGUGGCCUACAACAAGUAAAUGAUGAUCUCCUGCUGCAAAUAGCUUCUCGAAGGCAGAAUGUGACCGAGAUAAACAUCUCAGACUGCAGGGGGGUCCACGACUACGGUGUCUCGGCUCUGGCUUCUCACUGCCCAGGCCUGCAAAAGUACACAGCAUACAGGUGUAAGCAGCUGGGAGACUCUUCCCUUGCUGCCUUGGCUGCACACUGCCCUCAGCUGGUGAAGGUGCAUGUGGGCAACCAGGAUAAACUGACAGACAGGGCGCUAAUAAAGAUAGGAGAGCGCUGCAGCGAGCUGAAGGACAUUCACCUGGGUCAGUGUUACGGCGUCAGCGAUGACGGCAUGGUGGCUUUGGCCAACGGAUGUCCCAAACUGCAGAAACUAUACUUGCAGGAGAACAAACUGGUCACUGACCAGUCGGUACGAGCGGUGGCCGAGCAUUGUCCAGAACUGCAGUUUGUUGGAUUCAUGGGGUGCCCUGUGACAUCCCAGGGAGUCAUCCAUCUCACCGCACUGCGCAACUUAACCGUCCUGGACCUGCGGCACAUCUCCGAACUGAACAAUGAAACAGUGAUGGAGUUGGUGAGGAUGUGUCGCAAACUCAGCUCCCUCAACCUCUGCCUCAACUGGAGCAUCAAUGACAGGUGUGUGGAAAUCAUCGCCAAGGAGGGGCGGAGCCUCAAGGAGCUGUAUCUGGUCUCCUGUAAAAUCACCGAUCACGCUCUGAUAGCCAUAGGUCAGUAUAGCAGCACCAUUGAGACGGUGGAUGCCGGUUGGUGUAAGGACAUCACAGACCAGGGAGCCAUGCAGAUUGCACAGAGCAGCAAGUCCCUGCGCUACCUGGGCCUUAUGAGAUGUGACAAGGUGAACGAGGGGACGGUGGAGAGGCUGGUGGUCCAGUACCCUCACAUCGUGUUCAGCACGGUGAUGCAGGACUGCAAGAGAACCUUGGAGAGAGCUUAUCAGAUGGGCUGGAGCCCCAACGCCUCCAAUGCCUCGUAGCUAUGGCUGGAUCACACGCACACACACACACACACACACACACACACACACACACACACACACACACACACACACACAAGGACCAUUUUUAGCGCACACAUUGAAACAUGUGAAGCAUAUUCUCAACUCAGUUGUAGUUGCAUUUUAUUUAGAGUUUGCACGUAAAGGUGAUCACGAGGAUAUCAUUAAAGCUAAGAUGUUUAUCAUCAUCCAGUCCAAAAAGCAACGAUACGAAGCUCGCUGUUUUUGGCGUCGUUGUGUUGUUUGGGCCGCACCACGGCCAAGUGAGGAAGGACUCCUGAAAACUCUUAUGUGGACGCAGGGAUGAACGAUAAAAACGGCUAUCUGGAAGAGAGAACAAUUUCCAAACAUUGUCCCACAGAAGACACUCAGGCAAGUCCAGUGAGGCGUUCACUUCCUCCGAGGCCACGCCCACCGGAGCAGACGACGACCGCGACGAUGACAUCGGCGUCUUUUUACGCUCCCGUGAGGCUCUUUGCGAUGUUUAUCUUGACUGGUGCGGUUUUCGUGUUCAGGGGUUUGUGGAUGUGUGUGGGUGUGUGUGUGUGUUUAUAUAGUUGUUUACCUUGUACUGGUGCAACACACACACACACGCACACGCACACGCACACACGCGCACACAGAUUGGCUCCAGUUGGGAUCCUCCAACCAGCUCCCCUUUUUGCAGUGGAAUUAUUUCUCCCAAAAAAAGUGCAUGAUUAGAUUGAGAUCAGCAUCUGAUUCAGUCACUGUCUGGAAAAAGAUGUCAAAUGAAAGGAACAUUGGCAUGGCAACAAUAAUAAUAAUAGUUUUUAUUUUUGAUUGUAUAGCUGAGGAAAAAAAAUACUUCUUUAAUAAAACAACAUUCUAUUUUUUUUUUUAAGGAUUAGAAUCUUUAAGGUCGAACAGCACCACCGUUUGUUUUUUUUCGUGCUACUCCACCUCCAAUUAGGUGAACAUAUAUUUUCUGCAUCAAAUCUGCCCGGUAGAAAAUAAUAAGAAUACUGUUGGUCCUUUCCAGGGUCAAACUGUCUCCAUCCAUACUGAACUUUACAGGCUGUGUUUUUAUUCAAUCCUUUAAAAAGAGAUAGCAGUAAGCAUGGAUAUGAUGAGGAGUCGUUUACUUUCUGCAGGUUGUGUGAAAUUGAUCGUUAACUAAUCGUGUCUCGAAUGAGUAUUUUCUGCCAUAUAAAUGUUGGAAAAUUAGUUUUUUUUUGUUUUUUUUAAUCAAUACAUGCAUUUUGUAAAAUCAAAGAAUCGAUUGGUUUUUAAAUUGAUUCAUGAAUACAAUACACACACACACUGUAUAUGUAUGCAUAAUACACAUUUGUGUGUGUGAUGAUAAAAAAAAAAAAUAUAUAUAUAUAUAUAUAUAUAUAUAUAUAUAUAUAUCCAUCCAUCCAUUUACUACUGCUUAUUCCCUUUGGGGGUCGCGGGGGGUGCUGGUGCCUACCUCAGCUACAAUCGGGCGGAAGGCGGAGUACACCCUGGACAAGUCGCCACUUCAUUGCAGGGCCAACACAGAUAGACAGACAACAUUCACACUCGCAUUCACACACUAGGGCCAAUUUAGUGUUGCCAAUCAACCUAUCCAUGUAUGUGUAUGCAUCUACAUAUGUGUAUGUAUAUAUGUAUGUAAAUGUGUAUGUAUGUGCAUAUGUGUAUGUAUAUACACAUAUGUACUGCAUAGACAUAUGUUUUCAUACAUGUAUAUAUUUAUAUAUGUAAUAUAUAUGUAUGUAUUUGUGUAUAUGUAUGUAAAUUAUACACACACAUAUAUAUAUAUAUCCCCAUCCAUCCACGUGUGUGUGUGUGUGUGUAUAUAUCAUGUGUGUAUAUA